AUGUCGGUCGUGGAUCGGCAGACGCAGCGAUGGCGCCGCUUCAAGCUCCAGCUUCAGCAGCGAAGACCACGACCCACAUCAGGCGGAAUGAGCUCGCAGCUGGCGCAGCGUGUUAUCCCAGGCGAUCGCUACACCAGCUACGCACUUCACGGCACCCGCCGCGGUGGCGUAGUAGUUACCGCCGCGCGUUCGCCACCGUCGCCACGCCAGUUUGAGCCUGGUGACACUCGGCCCUGCGUCCCUCGACGAACUCCGGGCAAGGGAGGACCUGGAACUCCGUGCCACUCGCAUGCUGGGCGAGUGGCUCAGCCAACGGGCCACCUUCGUCGAUCUGCCUGUGGUCCACCCCCAGCCGGCGGAUACCCUAGGAGACGCCACGAAGCCGGCAGCCCCGAGGACGGUUCCCCAGCACACGAGGAGCCCCAUGCUUCAAACUCGCUCCCUCCCUCUGACGACGAGGCCAUGGACCUCUCGGAGCAGCAUGCGGCAGCCAGCGAGCACGCGGAUGAAACCCUCCUGGAAAGGGCGACCGCCACCUCAUUCACGCCUCCUCCGAGUGAGGGGGUGCCUGGCACCACCCCCGACGCGCCGUCUGCUCCUGAUGGCGGCGCGCCCAGCGCAGCGUCGUCUGCCAGCGGUCCGGCUGCACACGAGAAUGCUACCGCCGUGAUGGAGCUGGCAGAAGAGACAACCACCGUUUCGUCACCGCAGGGCCCCGUGCACCCCGCGGCGCGGUUCCUGAAGGACCCGCCACGCCAGACUGCUCCGCGGCCGAAGCCAAAAUGGAAGAAGAAGCAGCAGAAGCAGAGAAAGGCGCCGCGAGUCGUCCAUUGCCUCUCCCGAGGCAAUGGACGACUCGCGGCGCCCACCUGCUACCCCGGUCACCCCUAG